AGCGUCGGCGUCGACGCGCUUGCGCACGAAUAACUCAAUUGUUUUUAAAACAGUUCUGACAUUAUCAUCAGUGAUAAGUGAAUUUAUAUUGCUUUAUACUCAGGUUUUUAUCUUUAUUGGUAUCUGAGUGUUUGUGCAAACUGUGAGAAUGUCACUGAAGUGCAAAGGAUUAUUUGUAAUUGGCGCGAAAAGAACGCCAUUUUGCAAAUAUGGCGGACCGCUUCGAGAGAUGCCGGCAGCUCAUGCGUUUGCGGCAGCGGCGAAGGAUGUCAUCUAUACAGCCAAUGUGGACCAAAAUACGAUAGACAAUACUGUAGUGGGAAACGUGCAUUUUCUAAGCCAAUGCGACGGCGGGAAGACACCGCGAUAUUGUGGCAUUUACUCUGGAGUUCCCCUCGACAGACCAGCGCUAGGAGUGAACAACGCCUGCGCAAGCGGAUUGCGGGCUUUCAUCGCGAGUGGGGUGGACAUCCUAACAGGAGUAGCGAAUAUAUCGUUAACAGGAGGCACAGAGAUUAUGUCAGCCCUUCCACACCUCGUCAGGAACGUUCGCUUCGGCUCUACACUCGGUGGAAACUAUCAGUUUGAAGACUACAUCAAGACUGAGCUGGUGGACAGCUUCUGUGGAAAGUCGUUCCAUAAAAUGGCUGAGGAUUUAGCGAGGAAACAUGGCGUCACGCGAGAAGAGGCCGAUGAGUUCACUUCAAAAAGUUAUUCCAAAUGGAAGGCAGCACAAGAAGCGAACGCCUUCGCGGAUGAAUUAACCAACUUGACGGUGACCCUGAAGAAGAAGGAGUAUUUAGUGGAGAAGGACGACAUAGUGAACAUCAGUGCGUACGAACUGCAGCAACUGCCCGCGUUGGUGCGAGAUGGAACCGUCAUCACCGGUGGAAAUAGCUCCGCCGCCGCAGACGGCGCCUCAGCCCUGAUCCUGGCGAACGAAGAGUCAAUCAAGCAACAGAAACUGACCCCGCUGGCUCGAGUGGUCGGGUGGGCGUGUGUGGGCGUCGACCCGCAGCACGGGCUGGGCGCCGUGGUCGCGGUGGAGCGACUGUUGACCGACCAGGGGCUGAGCGUUGAUGAUGUGGAUUUGUUUGAGAUAAACGAAACGUUCGCAGCUAUGGCUGUUCUCACGUUAAGGCAUCUACACAUAGACCCUGCCAAGGUGAAUGUCAGCGGUGGAGCCAUCGCUCUGGGACACCCGGCCGCCGCAACCGGCGCUCGCAUGGUCACACACUUGGUGCAUCAACUCAGGCGACGCAAUGUUAAGCGAGCCAUAGCGACAUCAGCGGCCGGGGGAGGGCAGGGAGUAGCAGUUCUGUUGGAGAAUGUGUAAUCUCAUAUUUAAAUAAAAGAGACUAGAAGUUUAACAAUGUAUUCCAAUAAAAUAACAUUAUUAUGCUCCAUACUCUCUCUGACGGAGAAAAACACAAAAACAGAAUGGAAGCUCAGUGAGGUGUGGUUACUUAGUUCUGGAUGUACCUCUGACUACCCCAAUUGGGAUAUAGUCGUGAGCUCAUAUUAUGUUUACCUUUCUGGUGAACAGUGGAUGUUGUAUAUUAGUAAGUAUGUAGUCAAUUAAUAGAGGGGGGUUUCGCGGCUCAGUAGUAACCCUGACACUAGGAUUGAUUAUUUACUCCAUGAUGGGGAGGUGUGUGUACCCAAUUAUAGUGGGAGCAUAUUAGAAGCUGUUUAUGAUAUGUUUACUGAUUUUGUAUGAGUAUUA